CUACCCCCUGCCUGAAAUAAACCUCUGUAUAUAAAUGCAAGCAGUGUACACUUUACCCCCGUCCUGUGAAGUGUACCCCCUGUUUGAAAUAUAAGCAUUAUACCCCCUGCCUGACACAGAAGCAGUCUACCCCCUGCCUGAAAUAAACCUCUGUAUAUAAAUACAAGCAGUGUAUCGCUCUACCUCCCACCGGUAGGACUCAGUGAUGACGCAAUCCUCUAGAAUAUACUCUAGUGUGUACGCACUUUAAUACUCACACAUGCGUAAUUCAUUUCCGUAUUUCACAACCUUUAUUACUAAUACAGUGAAUAAUGAUAUAAUGUGUUUAGUUAAACACCGUUAGUCUUAAAUAUGCCUAUUAGAUCUCGACUUCAGAAUACAGGACUAAAGCUUAAAAUUCCUGUGCGGAAUUCAUCAAAUUUUAAUCCGUAUACAAGUACUAGACACUCGUCUUCACCAAAGGGACGAGAGGGAAGUGAUGGACGAGAUGGGAGCACUGGACGACCACGCUGGCCUUCGAACAGUCCGGCCAGGACUAAAACAGUCAAGUUUGACGCAUCAGUCGACAAUCGUCCAGUUUGGGAGAUGGAAACGGAAAAAUCACCAAAUUUUUCUGACGAUUUUCGCGCCAUUCCUAUCCAAAUAGUUCGAAACAAAACCACUGUGAAUAUCUUAGCUUGUGACAAUUCAAACAUAAAACCACCCUCCGGUGCGUCCCGACUUUUCAUCCCGUCCAGUCGUCCAAGCUGGACGACAAGGCCACGGACUACCGGACGAACCUGUGAAAGUGAACCAAGUUCACCAAUAUUUGAUCUCACCCCAUCUCCAGUUCUACUGAGAAGUCGAGGCUCGAAAGCUCGAUUAAAAUCUCGAAAUUUUGAGCGGAGGGACGAGGGAAGGAUUGAGGAUAAAGCUCUUCAUCUUCUGGACUGGUUCCAUAAACUUAGUCCUCAAAUACAAAACCAACAUAAAACCAAAUCUAGGUUUAAUUCUUCUUUCAAGGAAUUUAAAUUGACGUCACUUUCAAUCUAAAUCAUAAUCGCACCUGCAGUUCCUCUACUAGAAGGGGCGCGUCACCCCCCCCCUUUCUUUGAGCAACUUGACUGAUUUACAAUUAUGAGUUUGCACUCCUUUAAAGUUAAAUAAGUUCCACGGUCUAAAAAGUGAAAUCUCAUAACAAUACAAUACUAAAACGUGAUUGUUUUCUAUAUUAAAACAAGGAUUCUUGUCAAUUUCAAAAAGUAUUGGCGAUAGUUAGUUCCAAUUUAUUCUGAUGUGUUCGGUCAGCUUUGUUACAAGUUAUUUAACUGUGAUUGCCCAGGCCCGGUCCUCCUAGGAGUUUCUACCAAUCUUUACAAUAUAUAUUUCUUUUUAAGUCUUUCCUUAUACUAUGAAGUAAAAUUUAUCCAAACCCAACGUCUUCUCCCUAAUUCUAUUACACCUAGGAAAGCAAUGAUAUUUAGAUAACAAUUAAAACCUCGAUUUCUUACAAAUCAUGACAAGUAGAGAUGGACAUUUUGUUUUGAUCCAUUUUUAAACAUUAAAGAUUUAUUUUUUGAAUUGCUCCACAAGAUUCUGAAAUUUAUUUGCAAACAUCUUACUAUGACUAAAAAUAUGAACCAAAACAAUUUUUAAGCAACAGUUUUGAAAAAUCAUUCAAGUUUAUAUCUUGGGUAAAAGUAAAAAUAGUUGCAUGGUGUAUUGAAAGCAUAUUUUUAGAACAUUACAAUUUUGAAUUAUAAACAUUUCAAAUUUUUGCGGAGCCCUCUAAAAGUAAGAAAAAAAAAACCUUAAU